AUGGAUGAUAUCGAGGAUCGAUUGCGCAGCCAUGCACAGGCAUUUGAUGGUCUGCUAUCCUUAAUCCCCGCCAAGUAUUACUACGGUGAAGACACUAGUGACCAGUGGCAACGGAAGAAACAGACCAAAGAGCAGGCUCGUGAGGCAAAGCGUGCAAAGCUGGAUCCUGAAGCCGCCAAAACCGCCAAGGACAUCAUGGACGAAAACGCUCGUAAGCGCAAGCGGAAGGAAGACGGUACCGCCGAGAGUGACUCUUCAGACGGCGAGCUGGGCUCCGAGAUCCCCAGGGAAGGCCUGACCCGCGGCGACAAGGCCAAGAAGCAAAAGCAGUUGGAGAAGCCGAACGCCGCCAAAUCCGAGGAAGCCGAGGCCCGCAAGAAGGAGCGGGAACAGAAGAAGGCCGAGAAGAAGGCUGCUCAAAAAGAAAAGAAGAAGGCUAAGGACACUGCACGAAAAGAGAAGUCAAAGGACGACAAGCCAAACGGCACCACGACUGAGACCUCGAAGAAAGAUAUUCCCAAAUCUAAGGGUAACAGUGAUGAGCCCGAGGCCUCAGACAACGAGGAUGGUGAUGACCUGGAGGAUGGUGUCGCCGAGGAAGGAUUUUCCAUCGAAUUUGACGCCGGUCCCGAAGAACCAUCCUCAGCCUCCUCCACUCGCAAUUCUCCCGAUGCCUCCAAUCCCCAGUCGGGUAGCUCUUCUAUCUCCUCUAUUGUCCCUCCCGCCUCUAAUGAUACCAAAUCCACCGAGCCCAAGGCCCUCAAGCCCACACCAGAAGACCUCAAGCAGCGUCUACAAAAGCGCCUGGAUGAACUUCGGGCUAAGCGCCAUGCCGAUGGUCUGAACGGCAAGCCCGCCCGCAACCGUCAAGAGCUCAUCGAGGCUCGGAGGCAAAAGGCCGAACAACGCAAAGCACACAAGAAGGAGCUCCGUGCUAAGGCAAAGGAAGAGGAACAGCGCAAGGAUGAUGAGGCUAUGACCCGUCGCUUCUCCCCCGGCGGUUCUGGAUCUCUUCUCGCUUCUCCUCGCUCUCCUGCUGAGUCAGUUGGCUCAGCGGGCAACAACUUCUCUUUCGGUCGUGUUGUCUUCGCGGAUGGUCAACACGCUGACGCUUCCCUGACAAACAUCCUUGAUGCGAAGAAGACCCAUGGUCCCCGAGACGCCGCCGCUCAACUCCAGAUCGCCGAGGCCAAGAAGGCUCGUCUGGCCGAGAUGGACCCGGAGAAGCGUGCUGACCUCGAAGAGAAGGACCGCUGGCUCAACGCCAAGAAGCGCGCUCACGGCGAACGGAUUCGCGAUGACACAUCCCUCUUGAAGAAGGCUCUUAAGCGCAAGGAGACGGCUAAAAGCAAGUCCGCGCGUGAGUGGAAGGACCGUAUCGAGACCGUCUCCAAGAUGAAGGACCAGCGCCAAAAGCAGCGUGAGGAGAACCUUCGCAAGCGGAGAGACGAGAAGGGCAGCAAAGGCAAGGGCAAGAAGUCCAGCGGUGGUGCCAAGAAGAAGUCUAGACCUGGAUUCGAGGGCAGCUUCAAGUCCAAGACUGGUGGCAACAAGAAGAAAUAA